AGACGUACCAAUCGUACCGAGUGAUAGUGUGUUCUCAAAUGCCCUCCAGCAGUAUGGCUCCUUUACUGAUACAAGGGGUAUCCUGCACAGACCUCGCAGCAGAUCGCCUUUCACAAAGCCAGGUCUAUGGGAAGCAAAUCCGGACAAUCCGCACAACAGAGAUCAUGCAAACAAGUGGUACUACGCCCCACGAUCUGUCAACGUGGAUUGGCUCAGCGGGCAGCUCGCUUGGGGUGCCCAUUGGGCCGUCCCGGCUGCUUCCGUUGGAGGAACUGAUGGUUUCAGUGCAGUGCACUUCCCAACCAUAGGAACAUUCGCCAACAUUCCAGAUGAUUACGACUAAGCGCCUUCCUUCACAGAAACUGCAAGAUCAACUUAAUUCAAAUGCGCCCCAUAUUCCCUAUGUCUAAAGUGAAAUGUUACUUGCUACCCUUACUAAUUUAUUUCUCACUUACUGC